AUGAGCUCUCACGUUCUCGCUCAGCUCGACGCACAUCGAUCACGGCACGCGCCGCAGGGCCCAUGUCCACCUCUCAUCGUGGGCGUACAAGGCCCUCAAGGUAGUGGAAAGACCUUCCUCACCUCUCACCUCCGCGACGCCCUUCAAGACGAGCCUCACAAACUUUCCGUCACCGUUUUCUCGCUGGACGACCUCUACCUCCCGCACGAAGCGCUUGUGCGAGUCGCUCAAACACACCCGAACCACGCUUUACUGCAGGGACGCGGUCAGCCCGGCACUCACGACAUUCGCCUCGGGAGAGACGUCUUUGACAGGCUGAAGCGCAUCAACGAUCCAGGCGCGGGCAUCACCGAAGUCAAGCUCCCGGCCUUCGACAAGAGCAAGUUCAAUGGCGAGGGAGACCGCGUGCCCGGGAGCACUGUUCGCCCGCCAGUCGAUGUCGUUCUCUUCGAGGGCUGGUGUACAGGAUUUUAUCCAAUUGAUCACAAGGAGGUGGAGCGGCGAUGGACCAGCCCAGUGAUUGGCCUUGGCGACAACUUCUUCAAGAGGAAGGGGUACAGCGUCGAAGAAUUUCAGGAUAUCAACGGACGACUCGAGUACUACAUUCCCUGGUGGAACUCGAUCGAUGCAUUUAUUCAAAUCACACCGCCAGACGAUCAUCCAUUGGACUUCAUCUAUAAGUGGCGCCUUCAACAAGAACAUCAUAUGAAGGCGCUGAAUGGCGGUAAAGGUAUGACAGAUGGACAGGUAGAAGCAUUCGUGGAUCGUUACAUCCCGGGAUACGUGCUCUUUAACGAGGGCGUGGUUAACGGAUGGGUGGACAACACUGGGACGCAACAAACACCUCCGUGGAUUGGCCGUGGGUUGCGCGUUCAGAUUGGAGGAGACAGAGAGCUUCUCCAGACGAGCGCUUUUUGA